GAGCGGCCACACGAGGCGCCUUCAUGCUCAUAAAUUCUAUGAAGUCCAUUCGUAUUUGAGUGAGGUGUCGCUUUUGGUAAACGUGGGGGGUGUGAUUGUGAGGUCAGGACUUUAUUAUGGUUCGGAGAGGGAGGGUACGGAAGCCGUCGGGGGCCAGUGCUGUGUGGGAUGGGAAGCCCGCCCACGUCCGCUUGUGAUUGGCUGGAGUGCCAAGAGCGGCGUUGUCAUGGGGACGGGGACAGCUGUGUUGGAGGUGACGGUUGGAGGCAGAGCGGGGAAGAGCGGGGAGCCCGGCGCUUCUUCUCCUUCCUGGAGACCGAGAGACGUCCGCUUCUCCGUACAGGAGAGAAGUUGGAAUUGGUGGCCAUGGCCUCCUGCCUUUUGGAGUGUCUGUGCGAGGCUGAGCUGCAGCGGUAUUACCCUCAUUUUGUUGCCCUUGGACUGCUGAAGGUGGAGGAACUGGCUUCCGUGACCAUGAAGGACUACUCCAAGCUGGGGGUUCACAACAUGGAGGACCGCAAGCGUCUCUUCCAGCUGAUCAAGAUCAUCCAAAGCGUGUCGGGGGAGGACAGAGAGGAGAGGACACCCCUCCAGCCUGGCUGUGUCUACCUCCAGCCCCAGACUAAUAGAUGGGCCACCAGGAGGCAGCUGCAGUUUGAUGAUGUCUAUGACCAGGGCAGCGGUCUCUUUUCAUCACCAGACAUAUUGUAUCCUCAGCCUAAGAAAUGCUCAGCGGAGCCAACAAUGAGAGCGCCACCUAGUGAGCAGUCUCAUGGUCAGAAAACCCUCACCAUGCAGGGGGAAGAAGAAUCCAGCUCCGAUGCUAGUGUGCCUUCCUGUAAAGCAGUGCGUGGCUUGGCACCAAGACCCAAAGACAAUGAGGGCCCUGCGAUCCACAGAGUAAUGCAUGUAUCGGGGUAUAAUUACGGGGUGCCACAGACAUGUGGGCGGUCGAACUCCGCGGAGAAGGAAGGCGCCUGGACUGACACCGAUAAAAUCCGAGUCUGUGUCCGUAAACGUCCGCUGGGUUUAAGAGAGGAGAGACGCGGGGAGGUGAGCGUGGUGACUGUAGACGGUCGUGAAACGGUUGUGAUUUAUGAGAAGAAAGAAGCGGUGAAUCUGAAAGAAUACAUUCUGCAGCAUGUAUUUUAUUUUGAUGAAGUUUUUAGCGAGAUGUUGACCAAUCAGGAUGUGUACAUGAAGACAGCUCAGCCGCUUAUUCAGCAUGUUUUCAACGGUUGCAAUGCAACAUGUUUUGCCUACGGGCAGACGGGUGCAGGGAAAACGUACACCAUGAUUGGUACCCAGAAGAACCCCGGGCUGUACGCUCUGGCCGCCAGAGACAUCUUCAAGCUGCUGGAAUCGGCUCAACCAUCCAAAGACCUUUCGGUGUGGAUCAGCUUUUAUGAAAUCUACUGUGGACAGCUUUAUGACUUGUUAAACGGGAGGAAAAGGCUCUAUGCCAGGGAAGACGGGAAACAUGUUGUUCAGGUUGUGGGACUUCGAGAAGUUCAGGUGCAUAGUGUGGAUUUCCUGUUGGAGAUGAUUGCAAAGGGCAGCAGGGAGCGUAGUACAGGCUCCACCGGUGUGAAUUCUGACUCCUCCCGCUCGCAUGCCAUCAUACAGAUCCAGAUCAAGGAUGGCAGGAACCGAAAACUUGGGAGAAUGUCCUUUAUUGACCUGGCUGGAAGUGAGAGGGCAGCGGAUGCCAGGGAAUCGGACAAACAAACCAAAAUGGAAGGAGCGGAAAUAAACCAAAGUCUCCUUGCUCUGAAAGAAUGUAUCCGGGCCUUGGACCAGGAACAGGCCCACACCCCAUUCAGACAGAGCAAGCUGACCCAGGUACUAAAAGAUUCAUUUAUCGGCAACUCAAAGACCUGUAUGAUUGCUAACGUAUCGCCAAGUCACGUAGCAACUGAGCACACACUAAACACCCUACGAUAUGCGGACAGGGUAAAAGAGUUAAGAAGAGGAAUAAAGAACACCCCCGCUUGCACUAAUCGAAGCAGAAGCUCUUCUUGUUUGUCUCCAAAACGUGUUCAGAAUUCAUCCUCCACACUGAGUGAAAAAAUCUCCCCAAAAAAAGUAAAACUGGGUGCACAAUACUCAUCUACCUCAGUCACCGCAAAGGCUAAAUCCUGUCCAUCUGUCUUCCAUCCCACCAACGUCCCCCUGUCCUCGACCCCAAAAACCACAAUUAAGCCAAAUAAUACAAAAAGUUCCCCCAAUCAAGCUUGGCUUGCCCACACCACUCCAGUGAAAGGUGUCCUCAGACUUGGACACAAUGGUACAAAGAAAUGUGAUCAACAAGACAAGGCUCCUGCGCAAGGGAAUCCUCAAGAUGGUAAAUCAGAUGUGGAAACAGAAUUCAAAGUUCACUUCAACCAUCGACACCUAGUGCAACAUGUUCAACCUGUACAACCAGUACAGAAACAUAUUGUCCCAAGGACUGCAAUGCAUUUUGGGGAACAGAACCCAAGACCAGGGGAUAAAGUCUAUCAGAAGAUUUGCAGUGAGCUGAGUAAUAUUCCAGAGCAAAAAGAGAGAGAGGACCACUUAAGACAUUACCACCAGCAGUUCCAAAACCCACCUAUUUUCCAACAAAAGCUGCAUUAUCGACCACUAGAAAAGAUGUUGGACCUCUAUAAGCCCCAAGAAGUUAUUGUUGGCCACAUCAACACUUCUCAUCACGAGGGACAACCUCUGGAAGACCCUGAUGAUAGUGAUUUUAGCGAAGACUCGUUUUCCUAUGCGUCGGUCCAGAAGAAAGUGAAGAAAGGAGAGCUGGUCCGUGAAAGGCUUUCAUUCUUCCUUCACCAGAGUUCUUCGGGAGCGGAAGAUCGAAAGUCAGUAGAAAGAGGUCAGGGUUUAAGCUUUAAUCAUUCUGAAUCUCAGGAACAAAAGCAGGGCGUAAGUUGUGACUGUACGGGCAGUUGUGGGUUUUCGGAGGAGAAACCACAACAUGGCCGCCAAAAUGUAUGGGGUUCUGAAGAGGAUCCCACCAGCGAAUGCGACUCGUCAAAUAUCAGCGAUGCCCCAGAAAAACCUUAUUCUUCUCAGGAGGAACUCCCAAACCAGCCGAAGAAGAAAAGUGAGCUUUCAUCCAAGAGUAGUUCUCAGACAAACACUUCUAGUGAUUCUGUUGCAGAACAAGAACCACAAAACAGAUCUUCCCCUCUGAUUGGUUCUCGAGCCGACGGAUCUUCCCCUCUGAUUGGUUCUCAAGCAGGAGAAGCCAUGUUGAGCAGAGACUGUUAUGGGAAAGCUGUGAACAAUUCUUCAGACUCUUCUGCCGCAGUGAUGGCUCCUCUGACCGUGUCGCUGCUCCAGGACAACUGGUCUAUGGAGUCGGCCCAAGACUUUCGACUUCACAGCUCCCCUAAAUCAAUGGGGGCUUCAAAGAAUGGCAGUUUUGAAAAAGCAUCUCUUCUAGAGUCCGAAAUCGAUGAGCAGUCUAUAGAAAAUAAUCUCUCGGCCCUUGUAAAGAAAAUGCUUCAUUAUAAUGAAAGUUUACAGUUGCAAAACUCUCAGCAUGACAAAGAGUGGUGCCUGGAAGCCAAAGAUGAAUGCAAGCCACCUAGCUUGACAAAUUCGCCAUCUUUUAUGGCACAUCAGGGAUCAUAUGAAGGAAGGUCCUCAAAACCGGCAAAUAUGGGACAUUCACCAAAGAAGUUUGAUUUUAGCAACAGUGACUCAUCUGUGGACUUUGAAAUUUCCAGAUCGAAUGAUCAGAUUAGUCGAUAUGAUGCAGAUGCUGAGGAAACUGCAGCAAACUUUCAAAGAUACUGGGCUUCCCCUGUUUUAUUAGACAGGAAAAAUCCUGGAAAAGAAAAUGACCAGAAAGAGAUUUUAUGUCUGUCGCCCUCAGAUCCCUUUGCUACUUCCAACACGCAAUCUGGUUGCAACCAGCCUACUUCAGCGAGCCACAACCGACGGCAAGAGUUGAGUGUUGAAGACGCUGGUUUUAGCAGCUUAGAAGACUCGUUCAGGUUCCCCUUUAAGGACAGUAAACUGGAACAUAUUAAGAAUAAACUCCUGAAAUGCAUAUUGGCCCAUCAGGGUAAUAAGGAAGACGAGAUAAGUCUCAGGAAUUCCAAAAACAAAACCACUUCCAGUGGUCAGUUAUCAUUGUCCCAAGUCAGCAGUCAAAGCACAAGAGAGUUUGAAAAAGUGCAGCAACUACUACUUCAAGCACACUGCAAGCAAAUAAAAGAAGUAUCAGCCCUGUGCUGCCAGGAAGAGGCGCUGCUGAGCUGUGUUUCUACCUCUGAUUUUCCAGAAUAUGUGAAAAAGUUGGAUGAGAUUCUGCUGCAGAAAUCUAAGCACAUCGAGAACCUCCGAACCCAAUUGCAGCUGUUUCUGGACCUUUCCCCUGCGGACCUGUCAUCUUUGUCCUCUGCCCUGGACCUCGGCGAGCGGGACGAUGCAGAGCGCCUCUGCUGCUCAUUACAUUAAAUAUUUUACCAUCCCA